CCCGGAUGAAAAUACUCCCCGCCCAUUUAUGUAAGCAUGUCAACAACUGUCAAGGCAUAGACGUUCUCAAUCAUUUUGGAGAAUUCAUCAGGUUCUUAGAGAAUGUGGAUAUUGGACGAAAACAACCUGGCAAUAUGUGCCAUAGUUACCGUUGCUAUGCAGUUCAGCUUCUUCCUCAUCGCAUGUACAUGUAAAUUUGACAAAGUGACAGACUUUGCUGGUGGCACGAACUUUGUAGUUUUGGCUGUUCUGACAUUUUUUCUUGCUGAGACGUACAGUACUCGGCAGAUUAUCAUCACCGUGUUUGUAGUGGUUUGGGGUCUUCGGCUCUCAGGAUAUUUGCUGUAUCGUAUCAUCAAGAUUGGAGAAGACAAACGCUUUGAUGACAAAAGAGAAAACUGUCUGAAAUUUGCUGGAUUUUGGGUAUUUCAGGCUGUGUGGGUGUUUACUGUGAGCCUCCCUGUGAUAUUCAUCAACGCACCAGCCAGUGCGGUCAAGAGCAUCUACCUCACCCCUCAGGAUAUUGUUGGCAUUGUGUUCUUUGCAAUAGGACUUUUCUCAGAAACUUUUGCCGAUUUCCAGAAAUUUGGUUUCAGGAAUGAUCCCAUCAACAAAGGAAAAUGGUGUGAUAAGGGAUUAUGGAAAGUGUCACGACACCCAAACUAUUUUGGUGAGAUCACCCUAUGGAUCGGCGUGUUCCUCAUCAGUACCAGUAUCCUGGUCGAUGGUCAGUGGGUGGCCGUCCUCAGUCCUGUGUUCACUAUGGCCAUUCUACUCUUCCUCAGCGGUAUUCCUCUCCUGGAACAGAAGUCGGACGAGCGAUACAGGAAGAAUGAAGACUAUGUAACCUACAAGAAGCGGACGAGCCCCUUGACCAUUCCCCCGCCAGUGUACGGAGUGUUUCCCACCUUCCUCAAGUGUCUGUGCUGCUGUGAGUUCCCCCUCUACAACCAUCUCAACGAGGAAGAGGAAGUCAUCAGGACAGACCACCCACAGACUCUGGCUUGAUCAAGCACCUCCUUGUGACCUGCCUGGGUUUAUCCCUGGUUCAUCUUAUCCAUAUCAGACCAUUCUAUUUUUUCUAUUUUUUUAUUUUAUUGAAGAGAUGGUUGUCAAAAUCGAUCUCUGACUCCACUCUAUCUCUGGCUUGACCACAUUGCAGCCCUAUUGUUGCCUGCAUUAAGAUCAGUUUCACCUUAACUUGACCAAACCAGUUUUGACCAGAAAUGACCAAUCUUACUGUGACCCAACCAUAUCAACUCCUCAAAACCAGCCUGGAUCAAUCAGUUUUAUCUAAAGUGGACAAGAUCAAUUUAUUUUCUUAUUGUAUAUUUGUAUAUGAGGAUGUCAUCAGAAUUUAUCACUCACAGAGCAGCAGCUCCUGACAAGCCUUGAUCUAUGUGUAUUUAACUGAAGCGCUGUUCGAUGUGGCUUCUACCUCACUCUCGAAUGAUAUUGUUUAUAAUUAUGUUAUCACUUUUCCACAUAUGAAGCAAUAGCAGGAAGCACAUCUUCCACCGAUGAAUGAUUCUAACUUGAUGUUUGAAUUACCAUUAAUAUGAACAUUUAGAUGUUUUGCCUGUGGCACUACUGCCAAAACCUUACUACCUCCUUAAAUGUUACGACAGAUAAUGUCUUUUGUGUGAAGUCAUUCUUUAGUGUGCCUUAAGUUUGUUUCAUUUUCAGCAACAGGCCAAAAACAUAAAAAGAGGCUUGGUAAAGUAAGUCAUAAAUGAAUAUAAUGAU